UGUUGAGGCCGCUGUUACGAUUUUAAUACACAGCUCAGAAAAUGCACUAACAUUACGCAAUUGAUCAAUGAACUUGAGAUUCUCAAAUAAUCAGAAGUGUCGCCAUCACAGGACUUAUAAAUGGAGAAGUGGGGAAGUAACCUCGAAUCAGUGGAUAAACUGUGUCGAGUAUACAACCAUGAAGCUAGGUCUAGAUAGUGUCAGUGUGUGUAUUUAAUUCUGUUGAAUUCGUGUCCUAUGUCACCCCAGUUUUGAACUCUAUUAAUUUUAUUUUACUUCCGUGUUUUCUGUUGACAUUUGGUCGUUGUAAAGCGUCUAGUGCAACCACGAUGAUGAGAACGAGAUAUAAAGAUUCAUUCUGGGACACAGACAUUAACAGCACCAGUGGGUACGAUGGACUAAAGAAUCGAAUGAAGGAUGGGAAAAAACUCUCCAGCGAAGUGGAAACCUAUUUUAAACAGAGAGCCAAGAUCGAGAAAGAUUACUCCAAAGACUUACAGAAGCUUGUAGACAGUUGCAAACUGAAGGUUGAACUACAUGAAGGUACACUGGAACAAGCGUGGAAUAAAGUGAAGAUAGAAACCUUACAGAUGGCUCAAAUUCACGAGACUGCCGGGUUAGACUUUGAAAAACUGGCUCAAGAAAUGUCCUCAUUCAUGGAGGAGCAAAAACGACAAGUUAAAGCUGCAGAAGACACUGUUCAAAAAGCACAUAACAGUCUUAAGUCAACAUACAGUAAACUUACAAGUCAAGAGAAAACAUUCCAUAUAAAAGGUGAAGAUUAUGAUAAAUUACAAAAUUCAGUCAAAUAUUCUGAGAGAGGGCAAGCAACACCAAAGGAACUGGAAAAGCUUCGGAAUAAAGAAUCAAAAGCCAAAGAGGAAUUAGACAAGAAUGAAUCGUCAUACAAAAGUCUUAUAGAAGAAGUAACCAAAUGUAAAGCUAUAUUUGAGAAAGAGAUGACAAAAAUGUGUGAGCUUUUCCAAGAACUUGAUGAAAAACGAAUCGAACACACUAGAGAGAAUUUAUGGAAAUGCACGAAUGUUGAUUCCCGUACCUGUGUUGAGCAUGACGAGUGUGCUGAGAAAAUGCGACAAAUGAUAGAACCUUGUGAUAUUGACAAAGAUAUACAAUUGUUUAUAAAGAACUACAGGACAGGCUCAGAAAAGCCACCUGAUGUAACGUUUAAAUCUGGUCGUGGUCAACCUCUUAAAAUUCAAGUGGACAGUGGUGACCAUUUAUAUUCAGAGGUCAAACUUACGUAUUAGAAAUUUACCAAGCUCAUCACUGACCGUCAUCUAGAUCUCUUGCUGAAAUUAUGAACUCUACAGCCAUGAAGCUACGGUUAUUACCAGAUCACUGUUAUUUCUUGUUAGAAUUAUUUGCAUUGAAAGUUGUUUUUAUACAAUCAAAGAAAAUUUUGAUAUACCGGUAUUCAAUUUUCUUAAAUGUCUUGACCCUUGUUUGCCUGUACAAUCAAUCGCCACUCCUAUUUUUUUUUUUGGAAAUCCAAACUCAUACAUACAAGAUAUCACUUUUUAUGAUAUUAAUAAUUGUUUGUUGAUUACAAAUGCAUCAAGUAUUUAUGUUAUAAAAUAAAAUAGACAUUUUUGUGCC